GUCUCACCAGCCAGCAGAAAUAAAUCUAUAAAGAAGUAGACAAUCAGACCAGCAUAUGUUGAAAUGCUAGCUGUCCCUUCUACUCUUAUAUAUUUUUUUAACAUAUACUUUACUUCCAACUGCUGCUACCUGACUUUGGCCUAUUAUCAAACUUCUGUACAAUGUAUAUCUGUAAAGCUGACAGUAGUCUUCCUAUUGGCUACAAGCAGAGUCCUUACUUGUUGCUUACGUCCCGCCUUCUGCAUUACGAUGUGCUUAUGACAGUAUACAUGCUAUCAAGAACUGGUUUGAUAUAGUAGGCUUCGCUUGAAAAGGACACAGGAAAAGAAAACUGAUUUUGCAGUUAACAAAAUAAGCUGGAAAAAAAAACAAAACAUAUUGAUUUAUUUGAUGAUUGUAUACCCAAAACUUCAUAACACAUACUCAGGGACAGAUUUACAUUAUAAAAAUUGUAAUAUACAAAGGAAUUCUGUUUUAUCUUAAACUUCAAAACAUAACGAAGCACACAACAUAUUCUAAUCUUUCUUCUGUUCCAAGUAAUUUCUAUCGAAGGUAUGUUCUUAACAUUUAUAAUUUAGCAAUUAUUCAAGCACGGUAAUGUUUUUAAAUAAUUGCCUUAGAUUGAUGAGUAUUAUUUAACUUUGUAUUAAUUUUCUCCAAAGUGCAAUGAUUUUAAAUAUUUUUUCAUCAACUGUUGUGGCUCUUUAAUGAAAAUUUUAUAAAAAGUUAUUGGUCUCAUUGUAUGAUUCUGUCAUAAAUUCAUAAAAAAAAAAAAAAAUUGAAAAUGUAUUCCUCUGGAAGACAGAGAUACAGGCCCACUACAAGUUUGAGGAGAUCUAGUUCAAAACCAAAUCUCUCUUUCUCAACAAUUACAGAGGAAUGUGUACCAAAAGACAUACACUUUCCUGAUGAUGAGGAAAAAAGAGAAAGAACACAGCGGCUAAGAAAACUCCAACGAUUAAGAGAACGUCGUUGUAGAGACUUUAAAGGUUUAUCACGCUCAGGUGUAACAGAUGACUAUGAGAUACGUUUUGCAAGUGAUUUGGAAGAAUUUAGAAGUAUAAAGUCUGGAAAUGUACAUACUGGAGGUGAUGCUUUAUCAAAAAAUCAACAGUUUGAACAUAAGUUUUCAAAAUUUCAAAGCAGAGAUAUAUAUAACACUCUUCCAUCAAGGUUAGGUGCUAAAAAGUUUAUGGACAAUUCAUCUUUUAGUGAUUAUAAAAAAGACCCCGCACUUUCCCCCACAGGUAGUGUUAGCUCUUCUGUAACUGUUGAUGAUAGAUUUAUGUAUGGUUCCAGAUUUGAGAAUGAGGAAAACGAGUAUUCCUGGAGACCUCGUCACCGUACUUACUCAUUUUCAUCAAAUUAUGAUUAUGAUUCUUCAAUGUAUGGCAAUCUCAAUGAAGAUGGUCUAGAUGACGGCCUUUUUGAUGAUACUACAUCAGAGUAUGAUUUUGGUUAUAGUUCAAUACAUGGACUGAAACGUUCCUUUUCAACAUGUAUUACUCCUCAAAAAUAUUCAGGGAUGAUGACACCUGUAGCUAUGAGUUCUGAAGCAGCAGCUACUGCUGAUCGUCUUGACCAAAUUAAAGAAAGGCUCUACAAUUUGCAAGCUAUGAGAAAAGAAAGAGAAUCAUCUGAAAAAUCUCAUCAUGAAAUAAAUAAAUUGUCAUAUAAUAAGGUUAAUAAUGAGCAAUUUAGUACAUCAGUCUCUAAUUAUCAAACAUCUGAAAGUAAGUAUCAAUCUUUGAAUAUUCCACAGGAUAAUAAUAAUAAUAAUAACAGCUCAAGGCCCCUCUGGUCUCAAAGAAUAGAUCUUCUUAUGUCAUCCCAGAAGCAGAAUGAUACACAACAUGAACAAAACCUUAAUCAGGAAAGUUAUACUUCUAUCAAUGAAGCUACAUCAAAUGUAAAGAUUGUUGAUGGUAGUGAACCAGUUCCAACUGAUAUAAGCUUUGAUCAAGAAAGUUUCUAUUCUUUUGAGGCAGGUGAAGAUGACUCUUCAAUUGCAAACAUAAAAUCAAUAAACAAAAGCACAGAAGCAACUGAAAUGGAAUAUGAUUACACAGACUGUGUAGAUCCAGGAAGUGUUCAAAUUAGUUUAGAAAAUUAUAAUGAUAAUAAAUUUCUGGGCUUUGAAGGUACUCAAAUUCUAGAAAGCAGUGUCACCAGCCACACAGUAAAACCAAUUCAAUUAACUCAACGUAAAACUCAUACACAAUCACAUUCAAAACAAAAUUAUUUAUCUAUAGCAGUAACUCCUGAAGUACAGUCUCUUCCAAAAACAAGUCAUUUAAGUACAGAAAUGCAAAACUAUAAAGAUUUGAGUCGAGAUGAACUCUUGCUGGAAAUUGCUCGAUUAAAACUGGCAAACAUUGAAAGAGAUACACCAAACACUGAAUCAAUUGCUAAUACUGAAACUGUAGAAACUGAAAGUCAAGUUAAAUUUUUACCAGAUGAUAAAGCAAAUAUAAACAUAACUAAAUUAAAAUCAGUUGAAGUAGGUAGCAAGAUAAGUUCUGACAAUAUACAGUAUCAAGAUCCUUAUAAUGCAUCAGUUUCCAUAAAUAAUGUUGUUGAUAAAAGUGUUUCAAUAACAGCUAAAGAUUCAAAGUUACCUGAGGAAAAGACACCCUCAGAAUCUGAGGAAGAGAUACUAUCAGAAUUUGAGAAAGAGAUGCAAUCAGAAUCUCAUGAACAGCCACAAUCAGAUAGCCAUAUAGUUGACCGAGAAGAGAAUUUUAUUAACAAGAAAGAAAAACGCCAAAUUGAACAUCCUAUGUAUUUUAAAUCUGUUACUGUGGAAAAGCCAAGUGUAGAAACAUCAGAAAAAAUAGCCCAUAAAAUCACUGAGGAUAAAUUACAAAAGCAAUAUUCACCAGUCAUAAAAGAAACAUUUGAGAAAAAACAGGAUUUUAGUGAGGAAAACUUAAAAAUGACAUCCUUAAAAGAUCUUCAAAAUAACAAUUCUUCAUUGGAAUCUUGUUCUUUGGAAACUCCUGCAACUCAAACACAAGUGUCCUGGAAUUUUUCUGAAACUUCUAAUUCAGAAAACAUCAACAGUGAUUCUUUAGCUGGAAGUCACCAAGAAAGCUUGACCAAAUUUGAUAGCACUUUCGAUAACUCCAAUAAUUUAACAGAUACAUUUUCGAAAGAGACAACCUCUGUUGAGUUAACCUCUCAAACUUAUACUCAGUCAGUACCUUAUCAAGCUCCAAAAGAAAUUACUGUAAAUGAAAGUGAUUUUCAUGAAAAUUCUUUAACUUCAAGAAAAGAUGAAAUGCUUGAAACAAAGAAACUUUUAGUAGAUGUUACUAUUACACCUAACAACGAUAAUAUUAGCAAAACAAAAUCCCCUGAGAAAUGCAACAGUAUUGCAUAUUCUUCAACAGAAAAUGAAGUGGAAAUGCCAAGAGCUUUAGCUUCAAGUCCCUUGUUUGUACCUUCCCAAGAUACUUCUCAUACCAUUAUGAAUAAAACAACAGUUAAGGAUAAUACUGAUAGCCCCUUUUUCUUAAAUGAAUUAAAGACGAACCAAAUGAAUGAAACAUUAACAUGUAAACCUUUGGAUACACAGAACUAUGUAGAUGCUGAUACUAACAUAAAAAAAGGUGUUGAUUCUACAAAGUUGAAGGCAAUUGAAAUACCAAUAAAAGAUAAAGGAAUAGAAACAUUUAAUGAUAAAGAUUUAUCAGAAAUUCCUACUGAUUCUAAAAAUGAUUCUAAAUAUUUCCAAACUGAAUUGUCAACAACCCAUUCUCCAGCCAAAGGAGAUGAGAAUUCAGAAAGCUAUGUAUUAAAAACUACUAAAGAAGUAGUUGUGGAUCGAGAACAAGGAGCUGCAAUUCAUGAAAGAUUCUCUGAAGAUCAACAAGAGUCUAAAGGAAAAUCUGAAUUCAUUCAGGACUGCCCACCAAAAUCUAUAAUAAUGCCACAUGUAACAGAAAAUUCUAAAAUAAUUAUUUCUACUACCAAAUCAUCUGAACCUCUUUAUACUUCAAGUUUUUCUGUUAGCCUUCCAAAUUCUCCAUCACAGCUAACAAAGGACAAUGUUGAUGCUGAACCCAAGACAGAAACUGUUAAUUUAAUGGAACAUUCUGUUGAAACACAGCCAUCUUUGAAUGGUGUCUCUACUACCUCAAAUAGUGCCUCUAUAUAUUUAGUGCCAAAUAAAAAAUAUCUGUCUACAACUACAUCUGUACAAAAUCAAUUUAACUCAGAUAUAGAUGGGAAAUCUGAUGCAAAAAUGUUUGAUUUGACAACUCUAGAAGUUACUCCAGAGAUAAAGUCUCCUGAAAUAAAUUUUGAGAACAACUUGAAGGCCUCAAAAGCAGAAAGUUCUUUUAUGCAGGUUGUUGAAACUGAUGCAAAUGAUUCUUCUGUUACUUAUCAGAAGGAAACAUCUGAAAAGCCUAGUGCAUUUACUAUUGGUUUAGAUGCUUUGCAAUCUAAAAGUGAAGACAGACUAAAUAUUACUGAGCAGCCAAUACAUUCCAAUAAUCAAACAACUGAAUCAUUAAGCAUUUCUCCCCAAACUACUUUGAGUGGACAUGAGUUAGACAAAGAGACACCUGCUGAAGUAGCAAAUUUAAAAGUAUAUAAUAAAAAAGAUCAAGAAGGGCCAAAUGAGAUUUUUGAGGAGCCUUCAAUGAUUUCAGCUAAACUUCCUAUCAAUACCCCAGAACUUCCAAACAAUACUCCAGAACUUACAGAGUCCAGUUUUGAGCUAUGCCAUCAAGAAAAUGUAUCCAUGAAAUUAUCACCUGAAAAUAACAGCAAACUUCCAAAUUAUUCAGUUAGUUCUUAUCAAACAGCCCUUCCACAAUCUUCUGUAACAGAGAAUAAUUCUCUUUCCUCCCCUUCAAAAAUUGUUUCUGUAGAACCAACAAAUUAUGUACAACCAAAUUUCUAUAAGGAUAAAGAUGAUUCCCCCAUACUGUUGAUGAAAGAUGUUCCUUCAUUUGAUCUAAAAGACAGUAGUGAAUUAAAAAGUCCAAAAUGUGAGGUGAAUGAUGAUGCGAAGGAUCUCUCAAUUGAAAAUAACAACUUGAACAGUUUUUCAACAUUAUCACCCUCACAGUCAAAUUACAGCAAUACUGUCAGUAGAGAAUUCUCACAUGAAUCAUAUGCUUCAUCUGAUAUGCUAACUCAAAACUUUACAACUGUUACUCCAAAAAGCAUACUUGUAACAAAUUCUCCAAAGGAAACUACAAAUUUGCAACAAAGUCCUUCCAUAAAUGUACGUAAACAAAUCUUUGGAGAAGAAAUUAGCACAUUUGAUACCACUUUCAUGAAACCCAAUAAAUCUGCUCUGAAAUUAGUAGCACCAGAUUCAGGUACUUUGAUAAAAACAAAAUAUGAAACAGAAGGAGAAAGAAUCCAAUCAAUAAUACCAAGAAGCCCUGGAAAGAAAGACUAUGAAACUAAGCAAUUUUCGGAUAAUACAGAAUAUGCUAAGAGUGAUACCAGUUCAAAAGACUUUCCUGACAGUUCUUUUCAAAUCACAUCUGAUUCUCAAGUUGUCGUUUCUGCAAAACCCAAAACAGUUGAAAUAGAAAAACCUGUAAGUCAGCCUGAUAUUCAAUACCUUGCUACAACCUCCUUGGACUCCAUGUCAACUAUCCAGUAUGGAGCCAAUUCAAAUAUUGAAAAUGUUGAUCAACCCACAUCUGAAAUUAGCAUGGAACUAUCAAAAAAUACUGCUUUUCCAUUAGAGAGAAACAAUUCUGAUAUUAAUUCCAGUGAGUCUAACACCAGAUAUCUUCAUGAAUCAUCACAAGAAGCAAUUGCUUUAGAUGAAUCAAAGAAUGAAAAACCACAUCAGAUGGUCUCUCUCAAUAGUAAUGAAAAUAAAGACUUUUCGUUGAUACUUCCAAAAACUGAAAACACUCAGCCCUCAUCCCCAAACAUGCAAAAAUUGGAAAGUUCAGCAGAUACAAUUCCGCUUGCAUCAAAUAAAGAUCAUUAUGAAAUCAAAGCCCCUGAGCAUAUUAUACAAAAAACUAAUCCUGAUGAAAAUAGACCAACUGAACAAUGGUCAUAUGAGGGAACAACACCCACUUUCAAUAAAAGUAAUUCUUUGCCAAGAAAAAAGAAAAAACCCUCAAAAACUCCAGAUUCUCCACAAUCCUCUGAAAGAGCUAUAAGUGCUGAGGAUGAUGGGAAUGUAAAUAAAAAAUCUUCACAGAAAAAAUGGAAAUCAGUUGAACAUCUACAAAAAGGAAACCAAAAGAAACCUGAAGUACCACCCAAGAGUUCAGGACCUGGUCUUGUGAAAAGCACUUCAAUGAAAUUUUUAGCUAAAUUUCAAUCAAAGUCUAAAAGACAAAAGAGUUCAGAGGAACCUACUGACUUACUUCAUCCAACUCUUAAAAAGGGUCAAAGUGAAUACUCUGUACUCAAUUCAGACCCCAGCUAUCAGCAGGAUGAAUUUCUGGGUUCAGACCCAGCACAAAGAACAAGACACUACAAAACAUUGCCCCACAAAAAGAAAGAAAAUUCUGAAAAUGCACCAGGCCUGUUGAGGAGAUUCAGUUAUGGCAGUUUUCAAUAUAAAUCUCUCAAAAAAGAUGAUGGCCGUAAAUCAAAGAAAGAAAUUGAUUCCUUGGUCAGCCCCUUUAACAAGCCACUACCUAAAGAGGAUGAAGAUAUGUUUAUUGAAGACAAACAGUCUUUUAAUCAAUGGGAUCCAUCUGCACUUUUUACGGAUUUAUACAAUAUCCAUUUGGUUCCUGAUGAUACACAAGAUUUUUCCACUGAUUUUAUUGAAAUGGAAGGAGUGAUGGAAAAACUACCCAUGAAUAAAAAAAAGUCAACCCUACUGAAAACUUGGAAAAGAAGAUAUUUUAUGGCAAAAAAUGGAUGGCUUGUUUACUAUGAUAAUUGUGGAGAUCAGCAACCCAGUGAUGAGAUAUUGUUGAUGGGAGGAAACAUAACAGUUAUGGGCAACAAUGUAAUUGGUAUUGAUGAUGGCAGGGGUCAUUACCUGAUGGUGCGAUGUCCUUCAGCAAAUGAAUAUGAUCAAUGGUUAGCUGCACUUCAGAGUCAAACAGUAGAUAACUUAAAAGCUAACUAUAUCCAGCCUUUGGUAGAUGCUCCAAAAUCUUCUUAUAAGAAUGUCCUGAUUGUUGAAAUGGGAAGUAUGUCAGUUAGAGCUGGCAUUUUGAAAGAAAAUGUCACUUUGCCUCAGAUCUUCUUCCCUAGUGUUGUUGCAGUAAACCAUUCUGAAAAGAAACAUUUUGUUGGAUUUGAAGCUUAUAAACCCAAGAAUCGUCUUUCUUCAAAGAUCAUACAUUUAUUUGGACUUUCGGACAAAGUAAAUAAGUUCAAAAUUGAAUAUGACAUCUUUCCAUCCGUUUUCACAGCUAUCUUCCAGGAUUUGAAAAUAAAACCUCCAGACUAUCAAGUCAUGCUGGUUAUGCCUUUGAAUAUUAGUAAAAAAGAUAAGGAAAAUAUUAUGAAAAUAUUGAUGAACCGGUUUCAUGUACAAGGAGUGUGUAUGGUAACCCAAGCUGUCACAGCUCUCUAUUCCUACAAAUCCAAAUCUGGUAUAAUGGUUGAUAUUGGUGAAAGACUGGAGGUUAUUCCUAUUUAUGAUGGAUUUGCAAUUGAAGGGGGACAAUCAGUUCAGUCAUAUGGUGCUGGCAAAAUUCGGCAGUCAUUGAGAUCUGGAUUGGCAAAACACAAUUUUCCUUUGUACUCACCAUUGGAGCAAAUUCUUGUUCGAUAUGUUAUGGAGCAGACGUGCUAUGUAUCCAAAAAUUAUGAAGAAGAGAUACAGAAAUAUAUGCAGCAGCCAGAGAAGUUCUUGUCAUCAGUAUAUUUAAACAAAUAUAAUAUACCAAAAGACACCUAUAGCACCAUAAGCCAUGAUAUUAGCUGCUUUGCAAGUCCUGAAGGUUUCUUUAAUACAGACCUGUGGGGUAUGGACUAUCCCACAGUUCAAGCCCUGGUAUUAAAAGCAAUUAAUGCAUGUCCAGUGGAUAACAGGAGGCAUAUGUGCAGAGCUAUCUACCUAAGUGGAGGUGUAACAAUGAUCCCUGGAUUUGCAGCAAGAUUGGAGAAGGAAGUUCAAAAACUAGUCAAUCCAUCUCUUCUUGUGCAGGUUCAUUCGUCUCCCCAAAGAUACCAUGCAGCCUAUAUUGGAGCUUGCAUUCUAAGUGCACUACCAGAGUUCCAAAACCACUGUAUUUUAGCAAAUGAAUGGAAAAGAGAGGGUACAAGAGCCUUUCAAAAAUGGAUUUAUUAAAUUGCUAUAUUUGAUGCUAAUUUCUCAGUGAAAAAAAUACAAAUUAUAAAUAUUUCCUGUCUAAAUUACUUACACAACUUACUGUAUUAUAAUAACCUUAAAACCCAAAACAAGUUUAUACUUUGAAUUUUUUUUUUUUUUUUCCACAUAAAAUUUUUAUGCUUGGAUCAUCCACAUUUCCUUGUCUUCCAGUAAUUAAUGCUUCUCUCAAGACACUCACAGCCUCACUUAAUUUCUUUUUCAUUAUGAUAAAAAUACUACUGCAAUAAUGGGCGCUAUAAUUUCCAAGAAGUUAAAGGCAUGACUUCUUUUACUCAGAAACAAUAAUAAUAUUGUUGCAAAUUAAAGAAAUAAAAUGUUAUAUAUUAUCCACAGGUUUCAGAACUCUGUUUCACAGUGAGUAAAUAGAAGGAAUAUUUUAAAAGAUGAAUUAUUUAAUAAAGGCUGAAGUAAAACAA